UAAACACAGCUGGAAACUUACCACGUAUUGUUUUUCUUUCUUUUAAGAAAUGAAAGAGGCAUUUAUAGAAAGGCCGGAGAACACUGUGCUGUCCAGAAUUACUUUAUAGAUUUAUUCCUCCAAGUCUGGUUAAUGAUUAAUGUCACGCCUGCCUGGGUGUCCAAAUGGACCCACUUCCCUACUCCCUUCCUGAAGCCGCAGUUUCCCUGGGAACAAUGAAUCUGCAGAGGUUUGCUGCAGUCUGAACUUGAGGAGGGGGUGGAGUCUGCUCAGCUCUGUUUCUCCCUGUUGAAGUGUGGUCUGUGGAGCUAAGCAAAGAAUGACUUCUGUGGGGUUUUCUUCUGCUGGCCUUCCCUGCAGCCUUGAAAACCUCAUCAGAGUCGCCUCUGCUGGCUUCUUGCUGUGCUGCGCUGUCAGAGAUGGGCAAGCAAGAAGCGAAACCCUGGCCUUAAAAUUCCAAAAGAAGCAUUUGAACAACCCCAGACCAGUUCCACGCCACCUCGAGAUUUAGACUCCAAGGCUUGCAUUUCUAUUGGAAAUCAGAACUUUGAGGUGAAGGCAGAUGACCUAGAGCCCAUAAUGGAACUGGGACGAGGUGCAUACGGGGUGGUGGAGAAGAUGCGGCACGUUCCCAGCGAGCAGAUCAUGGCAGUGAAGCGGAUCCGGGCCACAGUAAAUAGCCAGGAGCAGAAACGGCUACUGAUGGAUUUAGAUAUUUCCAUGAGGACAGUGGAUUGUCCAUUUACUGUCACCUUCUAUGGCGCACUCUUCCGGGAGGGUGAUGUGUGGAUCUGCAUGGAGCUCAUGGAUACAUCGCUAGAUAAAUUCUACAAACAAGUUAUUGACAAAGGCCAAACAAUUCCAGAGGACAUCUUAGGGAAAAUAGCAGUUUCUAUUGUAAAAGCAUUAGAACAUUUACACAGUAAGCUCUCUGUCAUUCAUCGAGACGUCAAGCCUUCCAAUGUGCUCAUUAAUGCUCUUGGCCAAGUGAAGAUGUGCGAUUUUGGAAUCAGUGGCUACCUGGUGGACUCUGUUGCUAAAACAAUUGAUGCAGGUUGCAAACCAUACAUGGCCCCGGAAAGAAUAAACCCAGAGCUCAACCAGAAGGGAUACAGUGUGAAGUCUGACAUUUGGAGUUUGGGCAUCACAAUGAUUGAGUUGGCCAUCCUUCGGUUUCCCUAUGAUUCGUGGGGAACUCCGUUUCAGCAGCUCAAACAGGUGGUAGAGGAGCCAUCACCACAACUCCCAGCAGACAAGUUCUCUGCAGAGUUUGUUGACUUUACCUCACAGUGCUUGAAGAAGAAUUCCAAAGAACGGCCUACGUAUCCAGAGCUUAUGCAACAUCCAUUUUUCACCCUACAUGAAUCCAAAGCAACAGAUGUGGCAUCUUUUGUAAAACUGAUUCUUGGAGACUAAAAAGCAAUGGACUUAAUCGGUUGACCCUACUGUGGAUUGAUGGGUUUCGGGGUGAAGCAAGUUCACUACAGCGCCAAUACAAAGUCAUCUUUCAGAUAAUUUAACCCUGCCUCUCAGAGGGUUUUCUCUCCCCAUUUUCUUUUUUUUUCCCCUCCAAAGGGGGCUUUGGAAUCUAGAGUAUAGAAUGAACUGUCUAGAUGGAUGAAAUAUGAUAAAGGCUUAGGACUUAAAAGGUGAUUAAAUAUUUAAUGAUGUGUCAUAUGAGUCCAUAAGCUUCUCAGACUUCUCUUGUUCUUUAUGAAAUGAAUGCAUUGGCCCUGGCAAAAAGGUGCUACAGUAGUGAUGAAAUUAUAAGUAGAUUUUUAGUGUGUCCCAUUUAUUAUUUUAAUAUUUAUGUUUUAAGUGCUUGGUUGAAAAGAUUCCAUUUUAUGCAAGAAGGGAGAUACAAAAGACAAGGUUGGGUUGGCAAUAUUUAUAGGGCUUGUAAUUUUUAAGUUCAGUCAUGUCUGUGGUCCAGAAGAAAUUAUUUAAUAUGCAUCUUUAAGAAUAUUAUAAAAAUAUCAUAAAGGA